AUGGCAUCCAGUACAUCUCCCAUCCCAUCCCCAUUGAUAUUGAUCAUUAAAUUAACACUCGCAGAUCCUCCACUCCGCCGCAGUUGCAUCUUCUGUCGAACGCGGAAAAUCCGUUGCUCCGGUGGCCACAUCUGCGCCGCCUGUCGCGAGCGGAACCUGGACUGCGUCUACAGCCCUGAAGCACGCAAAGGUCGACCCCGGCGCAGAGGACUACCGACUUCGUCAGCCAGUCCUCAUGUCAAACAGAGCUCCCCCAGUGGGAGGGCUCGGGAGCCGGACUACCUACACACACUGGGCGACGACCUUGAACAGCGGUUUCAAGCCUACUUCAUCAGUAACCCGGGAUCGCAGUCCAAUCUGUUCCAGAAUUCCAUCGCUUCGUUCUAUCGCCGGGCGCGUCCGACCACGACGGGCCCCCCACGUCGGCUCGACUACGCGGGUUUGCUGUCGUGGAUGAGCCACGAGAUGGUGGAGAUGCUGUUGCUGCGUCUGGGCCAUCUAGGCUGCGAGCGGCCAUCCGAGAUGACGACGGCCACGCGCGACGCCUUCAUUACGGCUCUGGCGGCCGACACAAGUGCCUGCAUGUUCGAGUCGACGCCGCCACAGAAAAACCCGUUGGCGGCCCUGGGGACGCAGCGCAUUCUUCAGUGGGUAGAUCUCUGGUUCUACACGCAUCCACUGUCGUCACUGGUUUCCAAGACCCUUUUGGUCAGUCGUAUCCGGGACGAGACGGUGGACGAGGCCCUCCUGGCGCUCCUCCUUGGUGACGCAUGCGAUUUCUAUCGCGCACAGGUGCCCUCCUCGGAUGAUGCAAUGCUGCUCAUGGCCUGGCGUGGGCUCUGCAUCGGCCACGCACGCCGCGCCACCUGUCUGGUCGGCUACGCUUGUCGUAUGGUGGCGCGGCUGCACGAGCGGUGGCAGCGCGACGGGCGACGCGAUGACGAGCGGAAGCUGAACGGGGUGACACUGAGCGCCGUGGAGCAGGAGAUCUUGCAGAACGUCUACUGGGUGUGCCUGUCGACGACGACCUGGGCCUUCCUGCAGAUCGACCAGCCCUUCUCGCUGUUCGUGCCGGACGAGACCCCGGCGUUUCCCUGCGUCGAUGAGACCUCGUCCGCGCUGCUGCGGCUCGACCGGGCCUCUGACCACCUCAGUACGCUGCCGGCGCAGGUGCUCGCCUUGCGACAACUGUGGCCGCUCAGCCAAAUCAGCAGCACCGUCGCCCACAUCUACACCCUCUACCUGAACGCGCCGCCGGACGCGGGCCAGUCGUCCACCACCCCCCCUGGCAAACGCGACACAUUCACCAGCUGCACCGACUGCUGCAAUCGCGCGGGGACUUCUCAGCGCUGA